AGUGGGCAUUGCUGCAUGGGGGAAUAUGUAGAAUAUGUAUUUUAUGGAGGGGCUGGUGACAUUCGUAAUCAUGAGCAGCAUUGGAAUUCAUGAGAUGUUCGGAAUGUUUCGGUGCAUGCGCAGAAAGGAGAAACUCCGCAGCGAGGUAGGCGAUAAACAGAAGGAUCCGGUGAUGUUGCUGAAUAAAAUGGAUUUGUCAGUGUUGAGACAGAAAUUCCGGGGAUCCGUCCUUGGAGCAUUAUCAGGCGAUUGUCUGGGAGCUGCUUAUCAGGGUGAACCUCCCAUGACACCUGGAAAUACAGUUAUUCUCCAAAAACGAUUCGAUACAUUGGAGGGACCGGAGUUUAAAGGAAAGGUCAGGCCGAGUGCAGCUAAUAGGAGGAAGCUCAGACGAAGACGAAGACAACAGCAGAGGUCGGGGGCUCUAGAAACCUUGGUCGAGACUGCCUCUGAGACUGAAGUGGGAGGUACUGGGGGAGCUCAAAGGGCUGAAAAACGAUUUCAUCUUGAGCACAACCCGUCCAGUCCUCACAAUAGGCUGAAAGAGAAAAAGCACAAGAGGGGGGAUCAAGGCACAUAUGCUCAGAACAAACUCAAUCAAACUCAGUCAAACUCAAAUGUCAACUCAGUCAAACUGGCAGUGAUACCUCAAUCGUAUCCGAACCAAAAACUGGAUGCCGGAGGGGUGACAGAGGUGAAGAAGCUCCUGAAGGAGGCUAUUUUAGCCCUACCGGAUGGAGUCAAGGCACCCACCUUCGACGGUGUCUGGGAGAGGGACGGUGCGGUUGUGGUGAACUGCACAGAUAAGCCCACAGAAAAUUGGCUGAAAACCCUAUUUCCUGAAAACAAAAUAAGUGGGCACGCCGUACACGUUGUGUCACUCUCGGAGCUUACAAAAAAGCACUCGAUAGUGGUGUACGUGGAGGACCCAGAGAUUACGUCUCAGGAAGCAUUGUGCUUCCUUGAGAAGCAAAACAAGGGUCUGAUGGCCAGCAAGUGGGUUGUCGUUCGUGGCAGUGAAACUAAAGACGCUAAAAAUUCCAACUUCGUUGCACUGAUCGACCAUAGUGCGCUUGCGGGUCUGAAGGCCUGCAACUUCCGACCUCACUGUGGGCUGCAAAAAGCAACCGUAAGAGAACUUGGACAGGACCGCAGUGGGGAAAAGAAGGCGGGCACAGUGGGGGUGCCUGAGUGAUAGCUCUCAUGGCUACGACUCUGGUGCAUAUUGUACAGAUUAACUUGCAUCAGUAAGGCGGCCUCGGCGACGUUAGGCUGCUAGCUGGGAUGCAGACAGCAGUAGACAAAAUUCUACUGAGCUGAAUGGAAAAUUAUUAUUCUCCUUAGUACUCCCAAGAGCAAAAAAAAAUCGAGACAAAAGUUAAUAAAGAAAAUUUAAUAAACAAUUUUUUUUUACUUGAAUUGCGUCACUUGAACAGUCGUUUUUCGACUUUCAUUAGUUAGAAAUAAAUAAAGUAAAGUAUCUGAAA